UACAACUUGAAGCAUUCUUAAAACAAUACUCAGACCACUUAUUUUUGUUCUGUUGUUGAGUCAUGGUAACAUACUGUUUGUGGAUACAGUGAGUGUGUUGAUUGAAGCAGGUUAACAGUGACCAAAGAUGGAUACACAGAGCCAGAAGCAAAUUUCGAAUGAACUUGAGGAUCAACUUCAAAUUCUGACAGAAAACAAUCUGAAGCUUCGAGACAAAAGUGAACGCCUUCUCAUCAAAGUUGGCUACCUGGAAAGCAGAGUGGGUCACCUGACCAGCUCCAACGCAGACCUGUCCAGUAGGCUGGUACAGAGUGGGGAGGACAACUUGAAGGUAUCUAAAGAGCUUGUGGAGGAGAAACUUCAGACAAACGAGAUAAGAGAGAAGUUUGAGGAAGAGGCAUUUGAACUGAAAAACAAGAUACUGAACCAGGCUGGUGUGAUAACAGAGUUAGAGAUGGAGCGGAACAAGUUGUCCAGGGAACUCCAGUCAGCUGAGGCUUGUUUAAAAGCAGGAGAGAAGAAUGGCCGAGACCUGACAGAGGAGCAUGCCACACUGAAGAAAAACUACCUCACGCUGACUGAGGCCCUCGAUAAAGAGCUGGCUCAGAGUGCAGAGCUUAGUACUGAGCUGCUGGCUCUGGCCCAGGCUCAGGAUGCCCUCCGUAGGCAGGUGGAGGAGCAGCAGCAGAGUGUAAACACCACCACUCAGGGCCUGCAUGGAGAGCUGGACAGGGUGCGGGCUCUGAUCAGCCGCAUGUCACACAAUAAAGUCGAGCUUGAGGAUCUGGCAGCUUUGGAUAAGGAGCAAAAAAAUAUUGAAAAAACUCUUCUUGGAAACCAAAAUGAGAUCAAAGACAUGCUGGAAAAAAUGAAGAACAGCUAUGAGGAGCAGCAGAGGAAACUGGAGGAGAAAAUGGUAGCCAUGGGUAAAGAGCAGCAGGAGAACAGGAGAGUGAUCCGCGACAGUCAGCAGAAACUUUCUGAGCAGAGUGCGGCCCUCAUGUGCUCUCACAGCCAAGUGAAGGAGGUAGAAGAAGAUAACUCAAAGCUGCAGCUCAGAGUCAAAGAGCUCAACGAGGAGUAUCGGGAAAGGCUUGUCAGCUAUGUGCAGGACAUAUCUGAGUACAUUGAUGGUCUUGGAGACAGUAGAAGCCCUGCAGAGGUCUCUAAGAUGAGGGCGUACGUGGACAGCAUGCUCCAGGAUGUUCGUUCAUCUCACAGGGUCAGAGAGGAACAGCUCGCCUCUGCUGCCCGCUCCUUCAAGAAAAAACUUCAGAAGAUGACCAAGGCCCAUCAUGCUCUCCUCAUUGCAUACAGGAUUCAGCGGGAGCAGAUCAUACUCAAAUCAGACUGUGGUCUUGACCCUGGACCCCCAGAAACCCACUUCAUACUGGAGCUUACUGAACCAAGAGAUGAAACAGAAAGGGAGACUCUGCAGCUCCAUCAGGAAAAGGGGGCUGUCCUCAAAAUGCCUGUUCAAAAUGAGGGCCGUCAGGGGCCGUCAAAACUGCAGCAGAUAUGUGAGGAAUCCUGGACAGACAUGAGCAAACAGCUGAAGCGGAUCACCGACUCCACUCUUGUGGGCUUAGAGAAGGAUCGUGCCCUGCUCAUCACCAGAGCAACAGCUGCAGAGGCGCAGGUAUCAGAGCUGCAGGACUACAUAAACAACCACCUGGGCAGGUUUAAAGGGGAGAUCUCACAUAUGGGAGGACUACAUGAAAAACCCGAGGUGGGGCGUGCCCAAAGUGCUAAUUCAACUCUUCAUUAAGAAAUGUCUCUCAAAAUCUAAACCUUAAGUGUAUUUUAACAAAACAUAAAACUGAAAUGUUUUAAUUGUCAUGCAUGUUUAAUUUAAAAAUGAAAACAUAUGUCUAAUUUGUAUCAAUGAAAUCAAA